ACGAUAAAAGUUCUCUGAACAUUUUACCACCUUCUAUAUUAUUGUCACAGAUUUCCUGUUAGAUUUAUAUUGCAUUCAAUAUGAAACGUAGUGUUAGACCUCAGCUAAUUUCUCCUCGCAAGAAAAUAAAGUCGGAGCUCGAAGAAGAAUGUGAAAAUUCGAAUAUGAAACUUAAUGUUAGUCAUGAGCUCAUUUCUCUGCCGAAGAGAGUAAAAUCUGAGCUCGAAGAGGACUGUAAAAAUUUAAAUGUGACACAUGGUGUUAGUCCUGAGCACAUUUAUCCGCCUAAGAGAGUAAAAUCUGAGAUCGAAGUGUAUUGUGAAAAUGAUUUAUCUUUCGAAUUGAAUCAGCUGUAUUCUGACGCCAAAGCUUACUCUAUUUUCCGUAAAUUAGAAAAUGAAAUCAAAUACUUAGAUCGAGAUAAGGCAAAAAUAAAAAUUUUUGGCAAGGAAUACAGAAUGCCUCGUAGCGUUGCUGCAUAUGGUGAUGACAAUUUGAGCUACACAUAUUCUAAUUUUAAAAUGUAUGCUGAGCCUUGGACUGAGACUCUCAAAGAAGUCAAAAAGGAUGUAGAGAAUGCAACCGGCUCAGAAUAUAAUUUUGUUUUAAUUAACAGAUAUGAAAACGGUAAGGAUCAUAUGGGUGCCCACAAAGACAACGAAAAAGAUUUGGUGAAAGAUUAUUCAAUAGCUUCUGUUUCUCUGGGGCAAACCCGAGAUUUUACUUUUUCAAGGAAGAACUUUCCCUCAGUUAAGAUUACCUUAGAAAAUGGGAGUCUGUUGGAAAUGAAAGCUCCUACAAAUAGAUAUUGGUACCAUUGUUUGCCACGAAGUAAAGUUGAAAAUCCAAGAAUUAAUUUAACAUUCAGAAGAAUGAAUCCUCAUAAAGCGGGUGAAUAGUUUGCUCUGACGAGCUAAAGUUUCACUAUCCUCCAAGUUGUCUCUUUUUCAUUAUAUUGGAGCAUCAAAAUUUCUUUUAAGUAUUUUUUUAAAUGUUCAAACACAACUGAGCAGUUCUUCGUGAGACAUGUGUCAUCAAUGAAGAAAAUUUGUUUUAAACUUUGAAAUUUUUAUCUGUUAUUCAUACUAUUAAUAGUUUUUAUGUUCCAAACAUAAUUGGGCAAUUUGCUCAUCUCAGUGAAACGUGUUUCACUGAUAAAGAAAUUUGUUUUAAGCACAGAAACAUUUAUGUUACUUCUACUUAUUAGUAGUUUUUAUGUUCCAACACACCUGAGCAGUGUUCUCAUCUCAGUGAGACAUAUUUUACUGAUGAUGAAAUUUGUUUUAAACUUUGAAAUAUUUAUUUUAUUUUUGCAUUUCAUUUAAACAAGAAAAUAAACAUCCAGGAGCCUUCUACAUGUAGGGCACUGAAUAUGUUCCUGUUCUAUUCAGCAAUUGAUCUGAGUAUAGAGUUUUCCUUUAUUUCUUUGUUUCAAAAUAAAA